AUGCCACUUAUCCCACGCCACAAUGAGUUCCUGUUGAAGAAACCAUUGGAACCAAUAUCCAUCCUUGCUCCAUUUUCCGCUCUCAUUCUUUCCAUCACUUUGAUUGUUGUCUUCGUGGUUCGCUUCUACAUCCUUGAAGGCUUUCUCAUAAAAUGGUACUACGGCGAUGUCUAUACGGACCUCAGUGAGGUCAAUCGACGCGGCUUCAUCAAUCACCACAUCUCAGCAGCAACGAAAAUUGUCAUUUUGGUUCUUGCAGCAUACCCCUUUGUCUGCGUUACCUUUGGGACCUCGACUUUUCACACACCUUUCGCUCAUGGCUCCAUUGUAACGCUGGGCGAUGUGCUCAUAGUGGCAGCGCAAAUGCUGAUUGGCAUGUACAUAUUCGAGCUCAUCUACCGCAGCAAGCUAUCCCCUGUCGCUGUGGCACAUCAUACAGGGACAAUUCUCAUUGGGCAGUCUGCCAUCGCCAUUAGCUUGAAGCUUCUGCGUGAACCGGAUGCAGAUAUCGAGUUCAUUCUGUGCACCGUUUGGGGUGCCUUCGAUAUGAUCGCCGAGUUCUUUCCCCAUGUCGCCAUCAUUCUCUACCGUGUUUAUCCUGACCGCCACCACUUCCUCAGCCGCGUAUUUCUCGUGUCAUGCAUUAUAACGGCAAUUGGUACAACAGGUGAAACGAUUGUCACGAUGUGGCUAUUUGGCAGCCUUUGGGAACGGUGGCAGAUUGCCUUCAAGGUCGUCACCCCUCUUUUGCACGUUGCAUUUUCGAUUGCGCAGAUACAUGGCAGUCUGGUUUUCUGGCGCAUGUACAAGAGACAGCAGAGGUUUAUUCGGGAGGAAGAAGAGGGCGAGAGUAUGCAGGAGAUUUCAAUGAAUAUCUCUGAGACUUCCAAGCCAGCUAAGGCCUUUGUGUCUAUGCGGUUAUGA